AUGUUAAAUAAAAGAAUUGGAAAUAUUUAAGUCGAAAUUUCAAUUAUUAAAUCAAUCAAAUCAAAUAAAAUAAGAUUUAAAUAUUAUACUUACUAACAAUUUUUACAAAAUAAAGUUAUAAACAGGAAGUCAAAAAAUAAUAUUCUCCAUUUAAAAAUCUGA